CCACUCUGAGGCCCAUUUACUCUCAACCAGUCUCUGAGAGAAACAUAGCCGAAAAACAAAAAAAACAACAAAGAAAAAAAAAAAAAAAAAAAAAAAAGGCUGAGAAGAAGAACCAUGUGUCCAACUAAGCAGAAGCACCGGAGUUCUGGAAAAGAACACGCUGGGAAAUGCUCCAGAUCUGGUGGCUCCACCACUACCGCCUUCGAUUGGAUGGCCGAAUCCAUCAACGGCGGAUCUCUACGCCACGUGGACCUCCACACUGGCAUCAAUGGCUGGGCCUCACCGCCCGGUGACCUUUUCUCUCUCCGAGCCAAGAACUACUUCACAAAGAGAACGAAAUCCCCCUCCGGCGAUUACCUACUCUCACCUGCCGGCAUGGACUGGCUCAAAUCCAGUGCUAAACUCGAUAACGUACUCGCUCGCCCCGAUAACCGCGUCGCUGCUUCGCUUCGAAAAGCUCAGUCUCAAGGGAAAUCCCUUAAGAGCUUCGUUUUCGCUGUGAAUCUUCAAGUCCCUGGUAAGGACCAUUAUAGCGCGGUUUUCUAUUUUGCCACCGACGACGCCGUUCAACCGGGUUCGCUCCUUUACCGGUUCAUCAACGGCGACGAUGCGUUCAGGAACCAACGUUUUAAGAUCGUGAAUCGGAUCGUGAAAGGGCCGUGGAUCGUGAAGAAGACGGUUGGGAAUUACGGAGCGUGUUUGUUGGGGAAGGCCUUGACGUGCAAUUACCAUAGAGGACCGAACUAUUUUGAGAUAGACGUCGAUAUCGGAAGCUCGACGAUCGCGAGCGCCAUUUUGCACCUUGCAUUGGGAUACGUGACGAGCGUGACGAUCGACAUGGGUUUUAUGGUGGAAGCGCAGACAGAGGAUGAGUUACCCGAGAGGUUAGUCGGUGCGGUUAGGGUUUGUCAAAUGGAAAUGUCGUCGGCGACCACCGUGGUGGUGGACGCGGCUCACGCGCCUAAUAUGGCACGCGGAAUGGCGAAAGUAAAUCACCAUAAGUCCGGUGAUGACGAUGAGGAUGACGCAUAAAAUUAAAAAAAAAUUGUUAUCAGGUGUCAGAUUAAAAUCCAAUUUUUUUUAAUUGAUACGCAGUGUUGUGAUUUGUAAUUAUUGGCCCUUUUUUUAUAGGGGGGACUGGUGGGGGUAGUUCUGUUGGCGUGGACGGUGGGGAUGUAGAUAAUAAAAAUGCUUAUAUAAACCAAACAAAAAUAACACUGCAGCGAAUUUCCACCUUCUGGGUUUCUCAGAUCUCUCCCCGAUUUUUUAUUUUGGAUUUAACUUAACUUUCUUGGAAUUUUUAUUAUGAAAAAUUAUAUAAAAAUUAAAAAAGCACAUUUAUCUCUUUUUGAGAGAUUCUGAAAGUGAA